AUGCAGAAUCUGAUGGCAUUCAGCUAUAUAGACCAGCAUGAAAUGCGAGCGGAGAUGGAUUCGUGCUGGUCUAACGCAAAGACAGUGUCUGCGGAAGUGUGGGCAGAGACCGUUGUGUAUGGACGACACGUUCAACUUAACGUUCCACACGCUGAGAUUGGCAAGCUAUUACUGUUGCGGUUGAAUGGGAUAGAGCUUUGCCAACCGCUUACCUACUUUCUUAUAGGUCUUUCCAUCAUCUUCGACUAUGCGGUUCCCGUGUUUAUGGCAUGUGCAACAGGCCAUGAAGAGGAAUGCCAACACGAAACUUAUCAACAUGUGUACUCUUUUUUUGCACUAGAGCGCCGCUCGCAGCAAAAUUAUGGGUUGUCAUUGUCCUCGGUAGUAGGUGGAGAGGCUGAGAAUGUGCAAGAUGCACUCUAUAGCAGCGAUGGAGAUGAAGAGAUGAUGGAGGUUGCAGCGGAAGAUGAAGUGGAGAACGCAAAUCGAGCCCAUCAACGCAAGGAGGAGCAAACUAAGCGACGAAAGCCAGUGCUGGACAUUCCGGACUGUGCGCAAGACGAGAGGGGCGCGUUUGUUGUUUGCCUUCGGAUGCAGCCAACAUCGGGAAAACGAGUAUACAACUGUGAGUACUGUGGUGCCUCAUUUAACAAUAGUCACCAUGAGAUCGCAGAGCAUGCCCAUCAACAGCAUCCUGAAGACUCAGACGAGUUUGUGGUGGAAACAUUCACCUUCCAGAAUGUGCAAGAUUAUCAGAUGGUCUUCACUGGACAUGCGGGCCCAGCAUCUCUUCCACUCGUUUCGUUCCCUCGCCAAUGUCAUCCAAGAUGUUCUCAAGUUCAGGGUGACGUUGAUGAGGUCCUUGAGCCGUAUCCACCUGAGCCCUCAGGUGGUCCACCUGUGUAG